AUGUUACUUUAUACUUGCAUCAAUGUUUAUACACCUUCCAAUGCACUGCACAUAUAUGCCUAUGUGCAUUCGGUGCUCUUUUACUUUGGUUUAGCUAUAGAAUUCCAACAAUGUUCUGACAUUGAUUCGGUGAUCUCUUGUAUUAACAAGGAAUUACGUUUAAGGAGGUAUGCGAAAGAUGUGAUCAGUUGUUUACGGUUUGUGGUUCUUUAUGCUAUAUUUGUGAGCAUGUCUGUGAUGAUUCUAUGCGGACUAUUAAUUAUUACUGAUUCACCGCUGAUUGUGAAGAUACAGUUCAUGCUCAUAUCUAUGACUAUGCUCGUAGAAAUUUACAUGUACACCUGGCCAGCUGAUUUCAUGACAGAUAUGAGCGUAAACGCUUCACGGAGUGUGUACCAUGUCUUAUGGUAUGAGCACACUGUACGGAUGCAAAAGAAUAUACUGAGCGUGUUGAUGUACCAGAAACCUGUUGUUCUUUCUGUCACUUAUGUGAUACCACAGCUAUCCUUGCGUUACUUUUGUUCGUACCUGUCAAAUGCCUUUUCGAUAUUUGCAUCUUUACGUGCAGUGGUGGAAGGUGAUCAACGGUGA